CAUUAACAACACAUUGAGUUUUCUUGAAUAAAGAUAAGUACAAAAAUUACCAUGAUCAGCAGUAGACAGAGAAAAAUAUGAUUUAGACCUUCAAUUAGACAGCACUAUAUUUACAAGUUUUGUAGCUUCCUGUCAAUGUUGUUCGGCCGCAAAGUGUGUAAAAAUGUCCGGUGAAUUUGAGGUUUGGUUGGGCAAUAAAUUGAAAGCUAUAAACGAAGAUGUAGACCUUGACGUAUUUGUGCAAUACAUAGCAGGUGUACUCGAUGGUGAGGAAGAUGAUGAAGAAAAAAUAGACUCCAUGUCUGGUCUUCUUGAAGAAGUUUCACCAGAGAAUGUGACUCAGCUGUGUGAAGAAAUUAUCGUAAAGUGGAAAGAACACCAGGCUUCAAUAGAAGUUGUGGAAAAGCCUAAUCUUGAUGAGAAGCUUGCUAGUAUUAUGGAGAAGCAGAACUUGACAACUGUAACUAAGAGAGAAAUCACCGAGGAGGAGAGGCAGAGAAAAGAGGCAAUUUUACAACAAAUGUUUGUCUCCUUAACCAUAUUUACAUCUGAUGAAGAUGAAACAAAGAACAUUAAUGCUUCCAAAGUGGAUCAGGCUGAGAAAGCGAUGCGGGAAAAAAUGAAGUUAGAACAUGACACUAAGAAAAUGAAAGAUGCCUUAGAUAGAGAAAAACAGAAACAAAAGGCUUUAGAUAGAAAAGAGAAUGAAAAGAAAAGAACUGCUAAAGGAGAGCGCAGGCAGAGGUAGCAGGUUGCUAAGCAACUACCAUUUGGAUAUAGCAGUGAGAUUCAAAGAGGAUAAGCUCCCAGGGUUUCAAUUCCAACUUGAUAUUCUGCCAUAUAUGGUCAUGUAGUCAUGGCAAUU